GAAAGAACAAUGAGAUUCUUUGUUAAAUUAAUGUUCUUAGCAACAGGAGCAUAGUCUAACGACAUUGGAAACAAUUUACGGCACAUUCCUCUGUUGACAACGUGGAUAAACUUGUAGAGAAGUUAGAUCGCAACCACGUAGUAUCACUUGUUGUCAGUUUAAUAGACAGUCUACAUAAAGUUCAGCACUGGUUCCGCCUUGUAUGUUGUAUAAUAUCUUAUUUUUAUAAUAUAAAGAGCUUUCGUAACGUCUUGACCAACAUGAUAAAAGCUGUUAUUCUUAUAGGAGGGCCGAUGAAAGGUACUCGGUUCCGGCCAUUAUCCCUGGAUCUUCCAAAACCUCUGUUUCCUGUAGCAGGAUUUCCAAUGAUAUAUCACCAUAUUGCUGCCUGUGCCAAAGUGCCAAACUUGCAAGAGAUUCUUCUAAUUGGGUUCUACCGACAUUUAGAGCCUCUCAAAAAGUUUAUUGCAGAAUGCCAACAAGAAUUUAAAGUACAAAUUCGGUAUCUCCUAGAAUAUACUGCCCUAGGAACUGCUGGUGGCUUGUUUCUUUUUCGAGACCAAAUUCUAAUUGAUAAUCCAAAAGCUUUCUUUGUAAUGAAUGCUGACGUUUGUGGAGAUUUCCCUCUGCUAGAAAUGUUGAACUUUCAUAAGCAAAAUCCUGCAGGAUCAUAUGGAACUAUUCUAGGUACUGAAGCUACACGACAACAAUCUUUAAGGUUUGGCAGCAUGGUAGAAGGAAAAGCAACACAUGAGGUCUUACAUUAUGUUGAAAAGCCAGAGACAUUUGUUAGUAAUAUCAUAAACUGUGGGAUUUACCUCUUUAAUCCAGAAAUUUUCCAAGCAAUAGAAACUGCCUUCAAGAAGAAUGCCAAGGAUAGCUAUAAUCGUAUACCGUUGGACAUGGAAUUUGGACUUGAUGAUCCUGUCCAGUCUCGAGAAAUGAUACGUUUAGAACAAGAUGUCUUCGUACCAUUAGCAGGAAGUGGAAAAUUGUAUAUUUGCCACACUAACAAAUUCUGGAGUCAAAUAAAGUCGGCUGGAGCUGCUGUAUAUGCAAAUCGCCAUUAUCUUGCCAUUUAUAAUAAAACCCACCCUGAAAGGCUGGCUGUGAAUACAGAAGAUUCUCCAAAAAUCAUUGGUGAUGUCUAUAUCCACCCUACUGCUCAAGUAGACCCUACAUGUGUUGUUGGACCAAAUGUGACAAUUGGUAAAAAUGUGAAAGUGAAAGCUGGUGUCCGAUUACGUGAAUCGAUUAUUUUGGAAGAUGCAGUUCUCCAGGACCACAGUUGUAUUCUGUACAGCAUUGUCGGUUGGAACAGUAUUGUAGGAGCUUGGAGCCGAGUUGAAGGCACUCCUAAUGACCCGAAUCCAAACAAACCCUUUGCAAAGCUUGAUAUCCCAGCCUUAUUUACAGAUGAUGGUAGACUGAAUCCUUCCAUAACAGUCAUAGGUUCUAAGGUUCAUAUCCCUCCAGAAGUGAUCAUUUUGAAUUCUAUAGUUCUUCCUGACAAAGAUUUAAAUUCAAGUUACAAGAAUCAAAUUAUUUUGUAAAAGUUGAAAAAAUAAGCUCUGCUCUAUUGGGUUUUUUUUUUUUUUUUUUCCUAUUCUUCUAUUCUUGUACUUGUUUCAGUCGUUUGACUGCGGCCAUGCUGGAGUACCGCCUUAAAGGGUUUUAGUUGAUGAAAUCAACUUCUGGACUUGUUCUUUGUAAGACUAGUAUGUAUUGCAUCAGUCUUUUGCCGAACCACUAAGUUAUGGGGACAUAAACACAUCAGCAUCAACUGUCAAGUGGUAUUGGUGG